GCCGUGAAGACCCGGCCUGUUGGAAGCGGCGGGAGCUCCUGCCUACUGGCCGAGGGAAGGGCGUCGGCCUCGUUAGAGGCCGGGAGCAGGGAGGGAGGAGGAGGAAGGUUGAGCUUCCGGCGGGCCCGUAAAGGAGGCUCUCCCUGUAGGCCUUCCGCCCCCGCCGUGCAGUUACAUGGAGUCGCGAGGAGCUGGCCUGCGCCCACACUCGCACAUCAGCCACCCUCUUGGCCGCUGAAACUCGCUCUUCCUUCCAGUCUCCUGGGAACCGCUUGUGGCGCCGGCGCUGCGUCACUCACACCCCUUAGGACGAGAGGGUCGAAGCAGUGGUGUUGGAGAGGGACCCAUUGCUCUCUGGCUGCUGAUGCUGGCCACCCGGAGGCAGGCCGGCUGAAGGGGCAGCCCCAGCACCCGUCUCGAGCCGCUGUCCUGACUCUUUGUGCGCUAUGAGGAAGAAGAUGAUAGAGCUGGCGGAGAUUCCGCACUGAGAAGAGGAGUAGGGGGGUUCCUGGCUACCAGAUCCUCUUCCCAUCUGCCCCUAAGCCAAGUCUCUUGGAUCAAGGACCCUGUGUUGUGGGCCGGGGCGUGUGGGUAUAAACAUGAACAGGUACCUUCCAGUAGCCCGGCAACAUUUCCUGGCUGUACUGGCCAGUACCAGUGUAGUCGUGAAGUCUAUAUGUGCCAUUGUAAUUUUGCUCUACCUUCUCUCCUUUGCGGCAGACACAACUUUUGGACUUGGGGUAACACCUGGGUAUCUCUUCCCACCCAACUUCUGGAUAUGGACGUUGGCUACCCACAGUGUGGUGGAAAAACAUAUCUGGAAUGUAGGUGUGAGUCUGGCCACAGUGGUAGUAGCAGGAAGGUUACUUGAGCCACUGUGGGGAGCCCUGGAGCUUUUGAUCUUCUUUGCUGUGGUGAAUGUGUCAGUUGGGCUCCUGGGGGCCUUUGCUUAUCUUCUCACCUACGUGGCAUCAUUCAAUCUCUCUUACUUAUUUACUGUUCGAAUCUAUGGCAAUGCCAGUUUCAGGUGAAAUCUUGCGGCCCUUGGCAAAACCAUGGGUGACAGUACUGUCUUGAAGGUACCUCAGGUGCGAAUGAAGGUUGUCCCCAUGCUCUUGCUCCUGAUUCUAGCAGUUCUGAGAUUGACCACCCUCAUUGAAAGCAACAUCUUGACGUCCUACGGUUUUGGAGUGCUCUCCAGUUGGAUAUAUCUCCGUUUUUACCAGAGGCACAGCAGAGGACGAGGUGAUAUGUCGGUCUCACUUCAGAUUACAUGAUUCUUUCCUGAGGAUCCCUGUAGCUUCCCAAAUGCCAAGCUGGCUACGUCCUCUGUGCACAGCAUCUUGGUGAAAGUGAAAGUCUGUCGAAAAACAGCGAAAUGCUACAUGUCAAGUUCUCCUUCAUCCAUUACCGAUCAGCUGUUCGGGAACAGGAUCUACAGGAUGUUUGAACGGAGAAGACAACUGGCUCUAAAGGCACUGAACGAGCGACUAAAGCGUGUGGAAGACCAGUCAGCAUGGCCCAGCAUGGAGGAUGAUGAUGAAGACAGCAGCAAGGUUGAUAUUCCGCUGCUCUCUGAGAAGAAUCGAGACUCUGUCACUGCAGGAAAAGCAGCCAGUCAGGAAUCCAGCCUCAUUACCUUUGAGGAUGCUCCCUCUCAGUUGUGACCAUGAAUCUCCUACCACCCUCUUCUUCCUAUCCCUGUGUGUCAGAGCUGCUAAUGAUCCUUCAUGUGCCCUUCCUCACAGUACUGCCUGCUCUGAAGGGAGCAAAACACUAUGCCUGCUGGCCCUGAGAGGUUGGGGCUACCUCCUUCCAGCAUAUAUUAGCCACAUGGUGGCUGACCCAGGUCUCUGGACUCCUGAUGGAAACUGUUAACUGUUGCACAGACCUGAGAUUCUUCUCUUCAGAAGGGAAUUUGAAAUCAAGAAUUUCUUUGAAUUGCAGUGGAGGGAGUCUACAUCUCUCCAACAAAAGAAGGAGGGUCUGUCUGAAUAAAAUCCCCACAAAAGCUACACAUGCCAGUGACUGCCAUUGUGGCUGUUAACACUUGUGUGUAGCUCUGUUUGGUUGCAGUUUUGAUCAAUCUACAUAGGGUCCAAGACAACCCAGUCUGGUGAAUCGGAUCCCAUUUUGAACUCUUAAUAUCAUACCACUAUGUACACCCCACCAGGGCACCUCAGAGCAAGUUCAUCAAGUGAUACACCUUUUUCUUGUUGAUUUCUUUUUCUAUUAGUGGCAGUGAUUGUCAAAAAUAAUUCUACAGUCUCCCUUUCUUCCUUGCACAGCUGGUUUUGGUAUUGAUUUAAAUGAGCAAGUACUUUUUUAAUUAAAUGAAUCCUUUGCUGUAUUAAACUUAUCCCUCUGCCCUCUAGACUUAGCAACAGUGGUGAACCCUGCCAAAAAGGUUGCUGGAUAAGAUCUUGUAGGACCAAUGGUUAAAAGCCUUUUGACCUCUUUUUGGGCCUCCUUUUAACUUUUUGACAGUGAAGAUAUUUAGGAAUCCUAAGCAGCCAGCUUCUAGUACCUAAGGUGCCACAUGGAAAAGCAUCAACCUAGGCUUCCUACAAAACUCCUAGAGGGAACUGAAACUAUUUUUAGGCCUUUGUCCUUUAUUUUCCUUUGCAGUGAUUCAAAUGGUAAAGCUGCUUGUAUUUUAGGUUGAAUGCAAGUCCAUUCCAUGAAUACUGGGAUGCAUCUUUUCCUACAGUAGAAAAUAUAUGUUACUGAUUCUAUUUUUCUUUUAAAGGUGCUUUUUUGUGGGGCUCCUAACAAUUCCUCAAAUGCCUGCUUUUUCUCUUUGGUUAGGUUGUUAGCCUUUUUCAUCCUCUGGGCUGACUUUUCUUUUUUCUUCUUUUUUUUUGUUUGGUGGGGCAGCAAACCCUAAGAUGUCUUGCCUUGACCCCCAGCCUGAAAUGAGAAGAGCAAGGCAGGGGGCACUUAGGAGAAUGGGACAAGAGCGUGAGACCAUGUUGUGAUUUUUUAAGGACCACAUGAGAAGGGUUUUGUCAACCAGGAAAUAAACACAUAAUUUCAGUAUCAAUAAACUGUUCUUUCAAA